AAAACUUUCUCUCUCUCUCUCUAGGUUAGCGUUGCCUUCGUCUUUCUCUCCAUAUGUGCGCUCUGUGGGACUCUGAUUUGAAAACCAGGGGGCAUUUGGAUCCCGAGAACUCUAAGAUUUUGUUGUCUUCCGCGUUGUUUCUCUCUCUACAAGUCUGCAUUGUUAAGCUCAGUGCUACUCCCUAUAUAUUUUGCUGUAUAGCUGUAUCUCUCGUUACUGGGUUGAGAAUCUAGCAUUUGGAUGUGUGCGUGAGGAAGGCUAGGGAUCAGAUCGGAGAUGGACGACGGAGGUGUGUCGGCGCCGGCGACGCCGUCGCUGACGGUGUCGGCGUCUUUCAAGGAAAGCGGCGGAGGGAAAAGCUCGUCGAGGCGGAGGCCGGUAAGGUCUAGCUUCGACGCCGCCGCCGAUAAUGAGUUCAUCACGCUUCUCCAUGGCUCGGAUCCGGUGAAGGUGGAGCUCAAUCGGCUUGAGAACGAAGUUAGAGACAAGGAACGAGAAUUGGGCGAAGCACACGCCGAGAUCAAAGCUUUGAGGUUGUCUGAGAGGCAGAGAGAGAAAGCUGUUGAAGAGCUCACAGACGGGCUUGCUAAGUUGGAGGAGAAGCUUAAGUUGACCGAAUCCCUUCUUGAAAGCAAAAACCUAGAAGUCAAGAAAAUCAUUGAAGAAAAGAAGGCAUCGAUGGCUGCACAGUUUGCUGCUGAAGCCACCUUGAGGAGGGUCCAUGCUGCUCAAAAGGAUGAUGACAUGCCUCCAAUUGAAGCCAUUCUUGCUCCAUUAGAAGCUGAACUUAAGCUUGCACGGCAAGAGAUUGGAAGGCUUCAAGAAGAUAACAGGGCUUUGGAUCGUCUGACAAAACAAAAGGAAGCAGCCUUACUUGAUGCCGAGAGGACAGUCCAAGCUGCCCUGGCGAAAGCUGCUUUGGUCGACGAUCUUCAAAAUAAGAACCAAGAGUUGAUGAAACAAAUAGAAAUCUGUCAGGAAGAAAACAAAAUUCUAGACAAAAUGAACAGACAGAAGGUUGCUGAGGUUGAAAAGCUUACCCAGGCUGUACGGGAGCUGGAAGAGGCUGUUCUUGCCGGUGGUGCUGCUGCAAAUGCCGUGAGGGAUUACCAGCGUAAAGUUCAAGAGAUGAAUGAAGAAAGAAAAACUAUUGAUCGGGAACUUGCACGUGCAAAGGUUACAGCAAAUAGAGUUGCCACUGUGGUGGCAAAUGAAUGGAAAGAUGGUAAGGAUAAAGUGAUGCCUGUGAAGCAAUGGCUUGAAGAAAGAAGGUUUCUACAGGGAGAAACGCAACAACUUCGUGAUAAGCUUUCCAUAGCAGAGCGAGCUGCUAAAUCUGAAGCGCAGCUAAAAGAGAAGUUUCAACUGCGGCUGAAAGUGCUUGAGGACACACUGAGAGGAACUUCAAGCGGCAGUUCAAGGAACGCAUCUGAGGGAAGAAGCAUGAGCAAUGGACCCUCUCGGAGGCAGUCAUUUGGCGGGGCUGACAAUAUCCAAAAGCUAUCAUCAAAUGGGUUUUUGACCAAGAAAAUUCCAGCUCCAGCUUCUCAGUUAAGACAAUCUUUGUCUUCGAAUUCCACUUCUGUAUUGAAGAAUGCUAAAGGCACAUCUAGAUCAUUCGAUGGAGGAACAAGGUCCUUGGAUAGGAGAAAGGUACUCUUAAAUGGACCUGGGAAUUAUUCCUUCAACAAGGCUUCUGAGGAAUUGAAGGAAGCAGAGUCUCCUAGUGCAUGGAAAGAAAAUGCAGAGGAGAAGCCACUGAGUCAGAACCUUGCACGAGCAAAUGAAGACAGUAUCCCUGGGGUUUUAUACGAUUUACUACAGAAGGAGGUCAUUGCCUUGAGGAAAGCUUCUCAUGAGAAGGAUCAAAGCCUCAAAGAUAAAGAUGAUGCCAUAGAGAUGCUAGCAAAGAAGGUGGAAACAUUAACAAAGGCGAUGGAGGUUGAAGCGAAGAAGAUGAGAAGGGAAGUAGCUACAAUGGAGAAAGAGGUUGCGGCCAUGCGUGUGGAGAAAGAACAUGAGAAUAAAGCCAAAAGGUUUUCAAAUAUCAAGAGCCCAUCGAACAGUGGUCAGAUUCUUGCUGGAAGAGCUGCUGGACAAAGCGGGUUAACGAGGAGUAGCUAAUGAGGGAGGUUCUGCUCGUGCCGGAAAUAACGAGUAAACAGUUUUAGGCUCUUGCUCUUAUGCCUUUUAACCCUUCUAUCUUCAUUUUCAUUAUGAUGAUCCCAUCCUCAACCUACAACUCGCCGGAAAGAACGAAAGAAAAAUCGGUAUGCUGCUAAAAUAGAUUGGGGUUGGUCCGAGGGAGACGGGAGGAGGAGAGAGGAUGUUAGCACCAUUUAGGUUAGCUGUUUAGAGUAUAGUGUUGUUUUAGCUUUUUGUAUUUAGUCAGAGAUGGAGAAGAAGAGUUUUGUGUAAAUUUUCAAACUGCUUGUUCCUUUUGAGGUUUGAAAGCUCUUUGGGUGUGUGUGAUUAUUAUUGCCUUAUAUUCUUGGGGUUUUGGUGGCAUUUGCUUGUGUUUCUCUUUUUGUGGUUUUGGAAAGUGAAAACACAUUAGAAGUGGACACGGAUUGGAUUUCCGA